UGCGGGGCGGGCGCUGCCGGGACCGCGACGGGGCCUGGUGCUCGGAGCCCCGUGGGCCGCGAACGCAGCAGACUCGCUGCGGCAGCCGAGAUCGGGUGCGCGGGAUGAGCCUCACGCGGAAAAAGGGCUUCUACAAGCAGGACGUCAACAAGACCGCCUGGGAGCUGCCCAAGACCUACCUGUCCCCGACGCACGUCGGCAGCGGGGCUUAUGGCUCCGUGUGCUCCGCCAUCGACAAGCGGUCAGGGGAGAAGGUGGCCAUCAAGAAGCUGAGCCGGCCCUUCCAGUCUGAGAUCUUUGCCAAGCGGGCCUAUCGAGAGCUGCUGCUGCUGAAACACAUGCAGCAUGAGAACGUCAUUGGGCUCCUGGACGUCUUCACUCCAGCCUCCUCUCUGAGGAACUUCCAGGACUUCUACCUGGUGAUGCCUUUCAUGCAGACGGACCUGCAGAAGAUCAUGGGCAUGGAGUUCAGUGAGGACAAGAUUCAGUACUUGGUGUAUCAGAUGCUCAAGGGUCUCAAGUACAUCCACUCCGCCGGGGUCAUCCACAGGGACCUGAAGCCGGGCAACCUUGCUGUGAAUGAGGACUGUGAGCUGAAGGUCAGUGGCCCAGGCAGGGUCAGCUGGGUUGGGGUGGGCCCCUCUCCCGCAGAAGCCUCCUUUAGCUGUUCUAAGAGACUCUUCUCCUCAACAAGCUCCUUCCCUAUGUUCUCCGAGUCACAGAUCUUGGAUUUUGGGCUGGCGCGGCAUGCAGAUGCCGAAAUGACUGGCUACGUGGUGACCCGUUGGUACCGGGCCCCCGAGGUUAUCCUAAGCUGGAUGCACUACAACCAGACUGUGGACAUCUGGUCUGUGGGCUGUAUCAUGGCAGAGAUGCUGACGGGGAAAACGCUGUUCAAGGGGAAAGAUUACCUGGACCAAUUGACCCAGAUCCUGAAAGUGACUGGGGUGCCAGGUGCGGAGUUUGUGCAGAAGCUGAACGACAAAGCGGCCAAGUCCUACAUCCAGUCCUUGCCACAGAGCCCCAAGAAAGAUUUCUCUCAGCUCUUCCCACGCGCCAGUCCCCAGGCCGCAGACCUGCUGGAAAAGAUGCUGGAGCUGGACGUGGACAAGCGCCUGACGGCCUCGCAGGCCCUUGCCCACCCCUUCUUUGAACCCUUCCGGGACCCAGAGGAGGAGACAGAGGCCCAGAAAUUUGAUGAUUCCUUAGAACAUGAGAAACUUACGGUGGACGAAUGGAAGCAGCACAUCUACAAGGAGAUUGUGAACUUCAGCCCCAUUGCCCGGAAGGACUCGCGACGCCGGAGUGGCAUGAAGCUGCAGUGACUUGUCCAGCUGACCCCUGGCUGAGCCCGGGAAUCACCACGUGGCACCCCCUGCCAGACACUGCCCCUAGGGCCAAUAUUUAUUUGUCACUAUUGAGCCCUUCUGGGUUACAGCCUUCCAAGCACAGGACUGAGGACCCUUGUCCUUGUGUGGGAAAUAGGCCCAGUAGGUGCAGGUUUCAAAGAUGUUGGUUGGGGGAAAGUAGUUCCGGUCAUAACUGACCACAUUAAAUGCCUGUCUGG